AUGGAAAACGAUUGUUGCUUCCAUGUGAGAAAGUGCCACAAGUGCCAGGCUUUCGUGGAUAACGUCAAUGCUCUGCUCGUACCUUUGAACAUCUUGACGGCGCCUUGGCCAUUCUCUAUGUGGGGAAUAGAUGUGAUUGGAGCUAUUGAGCCCAAGGCUUUGAAUAGACAUGGCUUCAUUUUGGUUGCCAUCGACUACUUUACCAAAUGGGUUGAAGCAGCAUCAUAUGCCAAUGUGACAAGGAGCGUGGUGGUCAGAUUCAUCAAGAAAGAGAUAAUCUACCGGUGGCGACUCUGCUCGUUUUCUCCCUCGGAGACAAACGCUUUUGCCCAUCUGUGUUGGCCUUUUCGCACCCCCGUCGAAGGGCAGGUUGUGACAGUUGGUGACUCCGCUGAGGACUUGUUAGAGAGUUAG